AUGACCUCACCGGGAAGCGAGGCAAUCCUGCCCUCGGCCAUGCAAAUUUCUUCACCCUCCGGAGACCAACAACAACCACAACCACAACCACAACGACUGUCUUCCAUCAAUUUUGACCUUGGUCGCAAUCUAGAUUCCAUUAAACGUGAGAGUGGUUCGUCCUCAUCCAGCCAGAGAAAAGGAGUCACUUUCGCGAACCAAGACUCGCUUCCCAAACUGCCUAUUCCGGACCUCGAAGGUACCUGUCGCAAGUAUAUCGAAUCUCUUGCCCCUCUACAGACAUUCAGAGAACACGAAGAGACAAAAGCUGCUGUCCGCGACUUUCUGAAAUCAGACGGCCCGGAGCUCCAAGAGAAGUUGAAGAAAUAUGCUUCCUCUAAGACUAGCUAUAUUGAACAGUUCUGGUACGACUCAUACUUGAAUUUUGACAACUCCGUCGUUCUCAACUUAAACCCCUUUUUCCUCUUGGAAGAUGACCCAACUCCGGCAAGGACUAACCAGGCUACACGUGCUGCUUCGUUGGUCUCCUCUGCGCUCUCCUUUGUUCGUGCAGUUCGUCGAGAGGAACUCCCGCCUGAUACUGUAAAGGGUACACCAUUGUGCAUGUAUCAAUAUUCCCGGCUGUUUGGUACUGCGCGAGUGCCCACAGAAAAUGGGUGCAUCAUUGGCCAAAAUGCUACGGCCAAACAUAUUGUAGUCCUAUGCCGCGGCCAGUUUUAUUGGUUCGACGUGCUAGACGAUAACAAUGAUCUCAUCAUGAGCGAGAAAGAUAUAACUAUUAACUUGCAGGUUAUUCUAGAAGACGCUCAACAAACACCAAUCCAAGAAGCCGCAAAGGGCGCUCUUGGUAUCUUGAGCACGGAAAAUCGGAAAGUAUGGUCUGGCUUGAGAGAACUGCUCACCAAGGAUCCCACCUCAAAUAAUGCCGACUGCCUCCACAUUGUCGACAGUGCCAUCUUUGUCCUCUGUCUAGACCAUAUGGAGCCGUCUAGCACCGCAGAUCUAUGCGGUAAUAUGCUGUGCGGCACGAAUGAAAUAGUCAGAGGAGUGCAGAUUGGGACUUGCAUUAACCGCUGGUAUGACAAACUUCAAAUUAUCGUUUGUCAGAAUGGUAGCGCCGGCAUCAACUUUGAGCAUACAGGCGUGGACGGUCACACAGUGCUGCGGUUUGCAAGUGACGUAUACACCGACACAAUUCUUCGAUAUGCAAAGACAAUCAACGGUCAGGCACCUUCAUUGUGGGCAACCAACAGUCCCGACCCAUCCAAAAGGGAUCCCCGGAGCUUCGGCAAUGUUAGCACCACUCCUCGCAAGCUGCAGUGGGACAUGAUGCCUGAGCUCAGUAUCGCUCUUCGAUUCGCCGAAUCGCAUCUGGCAGAUCUGCUGCAUCAGCAUGAGUUUCAGGUGCUUGACUUUGACGGAUAUGGGAAGAGCUUCAUAACUUCUGCCGGGUUCUCCCCGGAUGCAUUCGUGCAAAUGGCAUUUCAGGCUGCUUAUUAUGGUCUCUACGGGCGUGUCGAAAAUACAUAUGAGCCAGCUAUGACGAAGAUGUUUUUGCAUGGUCGUACGGAAGCUAUCCGUCCCGUCACCAGGGAAUCUAUUGACUUUGUCAAAACGUUCUGGGGCGACAAUCCGCCGGACCGCAAAGUGGACUCGCUCAAGAAGGCGACCGAGAAACACGUUGCCAUAACCAAGGAAUGCGCAAAAGCGCAAGGGCAGGAUAGACAUCUCUAUGCUCUGUUUUGCGUUUGGCAGCGGUCAUUCGACGGUGCAUCGUCAUUGAACGACGGUGGCAGUGUUGAUGAGCAGCCGUCAAGUCCUACCCCGCCGGAUAGAGAGUCGUUCUCGUCUUCCGACGAAUUAGGAGAACUGGAAUAUUCUAGUAGCUUUGCCAGCAGUAGUAGCAUGCGAACAGGGCCGCGCUCAACCCCGACAAUCCCCUCUAUUUUCAACGAUGCAGGCUGGGACAAAACUAACAAUACGAUACUAUCCACUUCGAACUGCGGAAACCCGGCCCUGCGCCAUUUUGGGUUUGGACCGACGUCCGGCGAUGGGUUUGGCAUUGGAUAUAUCAUCAAGGAAGACUCAAUAUCGAUAUGUGCGUCAUCAAAGCAUCGACAAACAUCACGAUUGAUGGAUACACUGGAAUCGUAUUUGCUGGAAAUCCGCAAGCUGAUUAGAGCUACGAGUCGUAAAACAACGAGUCCGCGCACCAGUCGCGCCAGGGAUAUGGAGAUAUUGUCGGAGCGGCUGGAGAACAAGCGAGGACGGCUUAUUCGUCAGGAUACAAGCCAUGUUCGUGGUGGCACCGAGACGCCAACUACGGACAGUGGUGAUGUAGAGGAUGAUGGAAUGGGCGGCUAUGGCUUUUUCGAUGCGGGAAUGCUCCUACACGCUCUCAAGGGCGUGCAAACUGAUCGACAUCGGGUUGAGAAUCCUGAAAUAAGACGGCCGGUGGGCAAGAAGCUGCAGCUCGCUGAGUAUUGA